CACGGCUGGACAGUGGGACAGAUCACGACAAGAAUAGUCUUUUGGCUCAUUCCGUCAUCUACGAUCUCUUUAAUGCAUCGUCCUCUAAUUGGUCCCUACCCCAUCUCCAUCCAUGCGACUCCCGCGCAGGUCGUUGGCGAGCAUACCGAAUCAAGCACUUCCCAGCAUUCACACCACAUUUCCAGUGAACGGCCACCGGAGCAGAACGGAGGAAACGCCAAGUGACUAUUCUGCGGCCGAAGUAGGGGAAGGGAUAGAACUUGUUCCACUCGAGCGGUCAAACACCACGUGUGGGAAGAUCCUUUCACCGGGCAAUGAAGAGAAGGAGGUCGUUUCGAUUGGAAUCGUGCGCAUUUCUGGAAAGCCCCUACCAAGCCUCCCAAGGUCAAGAUGGGAUGGAUUAUCCAGGACGAAGACACGAUGGGAUCGUUUACCGGUGUCACGGCGUAUUCUGGCCAUCCUCAGCGUUCAGCUGAGCAUGAUACUAACAAUUGGCUUGAGCUUGAUGUCCGUAAAUAGCAAAGGUUCACACGAACUUCGCACACAAUCUGUCGCUUCUGGAACUCCGUCUCCCACGCCCUCGAUGCUUCCUAUACAACGGGGAACAUUUGCUGUUUCUCUUGGCAACGCACGACAGCAGAGCUCUGCUUGCCUUGCAAAGAUGAAUGAGUCGACAGCAUGGCCAUGCGCGGACGGCAUGGUACUUCAAAUCGAUCUAUUUCCUUCCCAGGCUGGACAAGCAUCCCACACGCUUGUAGGCCUCGGCUCGUUUGCCGAUUUAAAUCAAUGUGCAUAUGGGCAACAACCCCCGGAGAUCACACCCGCCCAGCUCACCACGUCCAUGGACUCCGAGAAUCCCGACAGUGGCUCGGCCUACUAUUUUCGAGCAACAUACAAUCGCACGGUGAUCAUCCCAGAAGACCAACUACCUCUUGAAGGCCCUCUGCCGGAUCAGAUAAAUACCAACAGCACCAUCGUACAGCCAGGUGAUCGACCUUGGUUUUGCUCAUUCAAUAACACAUCGAUCGAAGGCUUCAUCUACGUCUCGCAGAACUCGACUUCUGCAGGGAUGACUACCUCCGCGUUAGGAAAUGUCACCACAGUCUCUCAGAUGCCCUUUCUUCCCUACGUGGUCAAGCUCACCGAACAGCGGUCGGCAAACAGUACACCGCCGUAUUGCGAGCAGAAGAUGGUCUUAGACAAUGGAGAUCUAGUUUCAGCGGGCACAACACAAUACGUUCUCAGUCUGGCUGAGCCUGCUUUCACGCUCGAGACAAUCGGCGGAGAGGCGCUUUCAGAACGAGGCAAGCGAAAGAGACAACAGAUGUCUUACAGGAACUCAUGUCGAUGUCAGUGGAUGGUCCAAUAAUGAAAUCAAAUGCCACGAACGAAGCGCCCUUUACAUGCUGAAAAAUGGACGAGUAUCCUACAUAAUGAUCUCAAUAGAUUAUUCCAAAGCGCCUCAUGGACUUCA